GAGAAUGAAAGAAGGUGCUGGCAUUGACCGCUUUUAAUUAAUUAAAAAUAAAAAUAGAUGUAAAACCCAGAAACGGAUCUACGAACUGUGUAGCCAGUGUGUUAUCUCCAUCGGCGGAGACUACAAUAUCCACACCUCGGUCUCUCUCUCUCUCUCCCUCUCUCUCUCUCUCUAUCUGUCUCUCUCUCUCUCCAUAUAUAUGCAAGUCAAAGCGACGGGUGGCCUCAGAAGCCAAUAAAGCCUCUCUCCGAUUCCUCUUCCAUUCUCCAUUGCUCCAUCGCAAUUCGUCUCUCGCCGGAGAAGAAGAAUGGCGCAGCAGCCGAAGUUCAUCAUAGAAGUGGAACCGGCGAAGGCAGCGGAGAAUGGAAGGCCAUCGAGAGGACCUGUGUACCGCAGCGCCUUCUGCAAGGAUGGAUUUCCGCCUCCGAUCCCCGGGAUGGAGAGUUGCUGGGACGUUUUCCGUAUGUCUGUGGAGAAGUAUCCUAACAAUCGAAUGCUUGGUCGUCGAGAGAUUGUUGAUGGGAAGCCUGGUAAAUAUGUAUGGCAAACUUACAAAGAAGUUUAUAACUUGGUAAUGAAAGUUGGAAAUGCCAUCCGCAGUUGUGGUCUUGAGAAAGAAGGACGAUGCGGUAUCUAUGGUGCCAAUUGCCCAGAGUGGGUUAUAAGCAUGGAGGCCUGCAAUGCUCAUGGACUUUAUUGCGUUCCUUUGUAUGACACUCUAGGUGCUGGUGCUGUAGAAUUCAUCAUUUGCCAUGCAGAGGUUUCAAUUGCUUUCGUAGAAGUAAAAAAGAUUCCUGAGGUGUUGAAAACACUUCCUAACACAACCAAAUACUUGAGAACCAUUGUGAGCUUUGGUAAGGUUACCCAAGAACAAAAGGAAGAAGUCGAAAAGUUUGGUUUGGCAAUAUAUUCUUGGGAGGAAUUUCUAAAACUGGGAGAGACAAAGCAGUUUGACCUUCCAGUAGCAAAGAAAAGUGAAAUUUGUACAAUAAUGUAUACUAGUGGAACAACAGGAGACCCUAAGGGUGUACUGAUAUCCAAUGAGAGCAUUGUUGCUCUUAUAGGUGGUGCAGACUGUCUCCUGGAUAGUGUGAAUGAAGAGUUGCAUGAGAAAGAUGUAUAUCUUUCAUAUCUUCCCCUAGCACAUAUUUUUGAUCGGGUGAUUGAGGAGCUUUUUAUACAUCAUGGUGCCUCAAUUGGAUUUUGGCGCGGGGAUGUGAAAUUAUUGGUUGAAGAUAUUGGAGAGUUAAAACCGACAGUUUUCUGUGCUGUUCCUCGCGUGUUAGAUAGAAUUUAUUCAGGUUUGACACAGAAGGUUUCAUCAGGGGGUUUUUUGAGACAUACACUGUUUAAUUUUGCGUACUCAUCCAAGAUGAAUUCCUUGAAGAAGGGAAAUAAGACUGCUCAGGCAGCUCCAAUUUGGGACAAAGUUGUAUUUAGUAAGGUGAAGCAGGGGCUGGGGGGAAAUGUACGAAUUAUUUUAUCUGGAGCUGCACCUCUUGCUAGUCAUGUAGAAGCUUUUCUACGAGUGGUGACAUGUGCUCAUGUUCUGCAAGGAUAUGGUCUUACAGAAACCUGUGCCGGGACAUUUAUUUCAUUGCCAAAUGAAAUGCAAAUGCUUGGUACAGUGGGUCCACCCAUACCAAAUGUUGAUGUGUGCCUAGAAUCUGUUCCUGAGAUGGGAUAUGAUGCCCUUUCAAGCACACCCUGUGGAGAAGUAUGUGUGAGGGGAAAUACCGUUUUCUCAGGGUAUUACAAACGUGAAGACCUCACUAAAGAGGUCAUGGUUGAUGGGUGGUUCCACACAGGGGAUGUUGGUGAGUGGCAGCCAGAUGGAAGCCUGAAAAUUAUUGACCGCAAAAAGAAUAUUUUCAAGCUCUCACAGGGCGAAUAUGUUGCUGUUGAAAACUUAGAGAAUGUAUAUGGUCUUGCUUCUGUUCUUGACUCGAUAUGGAUAUAUGGGAACAGUUUUGAGUUCUGCCUUGUUGCUGUUAUUAACCCAAACAAGCAAGCAGUUGAACACUGGGCUGAAGAUAAUGGUGUGACAGGCGAUUUUAAUUCCCUCUGCAAAAACGCCAAAGUAAAAGAAUACAUAAUUGGAGAGCUAACAAAGAUAGGAAAAGAGAAAAAGUUGAAAGGCUUUGAAUUUAUCAAAGCUGUUCACCUUGACCCUGAGCCAUUUGACAUGGAACGCGACCUCAUCACUCCAACAUAUAAGAAGAAGAGGCCCCAGUUGCUCAAGUACUAUAAGAGUGUCAUUGACGACAUGUACAAGAGCUUGAAGUAAGCCCACUGCCUGAACUCGUGCCAGUGCUCUUCUUCCGGGGGAGUAACAGCUAGUUUGAUGCAUUGUUUUUUGCCCUUUCUUCUGUGGCUGUGCAUAUGUCUAUACGUUUAGGUUAUAAAUUUGAGUUAAAAGUUGGCAUUUCUGCAGUGUAGUUCUCUUUGAUAAGUAUUUUAAAUUGUCAUUUCAAUAAUUAUAUUAUGUACAUCAGGCGUCUUUUACUCUUUUAUACCGUUUAUUAAUUUAAAACCCCUUUACAUCUUUGCCAAUAA